CCCGGCACCUCCACCGGCCCCGCAGCUGGGGUCCCCGCUCUCCGACCAGACCCGCCGCGCUUGCCCCGCGCCUCUCCCCGCCCCGGGCUCCGGCCGCACUCCUGCUCGCUUCCCGUCCUCGGGGCACUCACAGCGGGCCCCAGGAGCGCCCCCGACCGCAGCUCCUCCGGGGUCCGACUUCUGCCGCCGAUAGCAGCGGCCCCGGCCCCCGCGCGGGUGCGCCCACCCCGCCGCCUUCCCGCAGCCUGCUUUCGUUCGCCGGAGGAGGCCAGCCCAGGGUUCAUUGAUGCACCCAUUUCAGUGGUGUAACGGGUGUUUCUGUGGCCUAGGACUGGUCAGCACCAAUAAGUCCUGUUCAAUGCCACCCAUCAGCUUCCAGGACCUUCCUCUCAACAUCUACAUGGUCAUCUUCGGCACCGGCAUCUUUGUCUUCAUGCUCAGCCUCAUUUUUUGCUGCUAUUUUAUCAGCAAACUGCGGAACCAGGCACAGAGUGAACGAUAUGGCUACAAGGAGGUGGUGCUUAAAGGCGAUGCCAAGAAGUCCCAGUUAUAUGGGCAGACCUGUGCAGUCUGCCUGGAAGACUUCAAGAGCAAGGAUGAGCUGGGGUUGCUGCCUUGCCAGCAUGCCUUUCACCGGAAGUGUCUGGUGAAGUGGCUGGAAGUGCGCUGCGUCUGCCCCAUGUGUAACAAGCCCAUCGCCGGCCCCUCGGAGACCAGCCAGAGCAUCGGCGUCCUGUUAGACGAGCUGGUGUGAGCACUGUCUGCUCUCCACCGGGGCCUGCAAAGACCCCGCCGCCCGGUGCGCAGCUGCCAUGAAGCAGACUGGAUGGAGGGGCUGCCCUGACCUGGGGCUGGAUGGGGGUCUGAGCAGGGCUGGCCGUCUACCACUGGGGUGGCCGUCUUCCCCUCUUUCAGCCUCCGGGAGCCUUCUUCCUGCUACUCGUACUGGGGGCAUGCACUGUCCCCAAGACCCUCGCAUCCUGGUACUGGACACCCGGCCAGUCGGGGCCAUGCCCUGCAGAAGGAAAAUCACUGUUGCCUGGCCAAGGACUUGGGGCCCGGUCCUUGAGGGGCUCCCUUGGGGAAGAGCUGCCCUGAUCUGAGCGAGAGUUGAGUUCUUUAGAGCUUCUGGCCCCUUCCUCCCCUCCGUGGGAAGGUAGGAAGGAAAGAAAGAUGAAAACCAAGUGCCUCUAGUAGCCGUGAGGGGGCUCAGGGGGGCCACCGGGAGAGCAGGGCUGCAUCAGCGGGUGUCAAUGUUUACAUGGGGCCCACAGCAACCAAGGCUGGCCGGCGGCGCACCCCCACCCCCAGCCACAUCGAGGUGCUAUCCACUUCUCUUCAGCUAAUCUUGGAGCUUCCGCGUCUGAGGAAGGGCUUCCACGCUCCUCCGGGGAAGAAUCUUACCCAGCACUCCCGAGGGACUCCAGAGGCCUCUUCUCAAGGAGCCAAAGGGGCUUGGGACGGUGGGUGUGAGGGUUUAGGAAGAAAUAGACCUUCCCCUUUGUAAAUAGUAUUUUUAUAUUUUUUUCUCACCAUCUCAGGCUUUGUACAUGGGUUCUCUUCCUCCCGGAGUAGGUGAGGGUGGGGAAAAUGUAUUUAAGGAAAAUUAAA